AUGGUGUGGCCUUUUUCGCCCAGAUAUCCUGAGAAGACUGUGGCAGAUGUUGAUGGCAAGACGUUCGACUACAUUGUCGUCGGCGGUGGAACCGCUGCCUGCGUCCUUGCGGCUCGCCUCAGUGAAGACCCAUCCGUGACUGUUCUCGUCCUCUCUCGCGGAAAGAUCAAGGACGACUGGCUGUCAAGCAUACCGCUGCUAAGCCAAGGGCUGCAAAAGGACGGUCCCCAGGUCAGCGUACUGUACUCGGAGCCGGAUGAACGUUGGGACGGCGCGCAGGUUCACACUUAUACGUCUCGUGCCCUCGGCGGCGCCUCACGUAUCAAUGGGCUUAUGCUCACCAAGGGCACACCGGGCUUGUAUGACUCCUGGGCAGCAUGUGGCAACGACAAGUGGUCAUUCAAGGAGUGCGAGCCAUACUUCCGCAAGAUGGAGAAUGCAUCUCUGACCCAUCGUGAUGCACCAGGGCGCGGUCAACAUGCUGACAAGACUGCAACGAUGUUGGGUACACUGGCUACUCCCAAAGAGAUCGCCAUCAAGAGGCAAGGCCACUUGACAAUCUGCGGCGGUGCCGUGGCCACUAGACUGGAGGUGAAUCAGGACGGAAGUGAGGUGACUGGUGUCUACGUCGUCGAUGGUACGCACCCUGCCAGAAAGUGUCUGAUGCGCAUCGUGCUUCAUCGUACUAAUUUGAGCAGCGGAAUCGGACCCAAGCCGCAGCUCGCGAAGCAUAACAUACCCGUUAUUCGCGACAUGCCGGGUGUCGGCGCAAAUUUGAAGGAUCAUAUUUCCUUUGGUGUCGCUUUCGAGGUGUUGCCCUCAGACUCGUGGAUCUAUCUAUUGAGGCCACUCGUCGCCAUUUGGUCCUUCCUCGUGUUUGUCAUUUUCAAGACAGGCUACUUCGCCUCGAUCACGACUCAGUACUGCAUAUUCAUUCGUUCGGGAGCCAUUGAUGACGAAACGAUGGAAGUCAAGCAUUUUGAUACCCAAAAGAACAGCACGCUGGACGCACAUCGACAGGAGAACAUACCAGACAUUGAGUACAUCCUCUGCGGCCACUCGAUGGAUGAGGACUACGACAAGCAGAAGGGCUACUACAGCCUCUAUGUCACCCUCUUACAGCCUUUCUCAAGUGGUCACAUCGAGCUUGCGUCGGAUGACCCGCUCACCAACCCCAAAAUGUAUCACCCUUUUGUCACUGACGACCGCGACUGGGCCGUGACCCGCAAGGCGACCCGUUUCGCAAUGCACUUCAUCGAGCGCUUCCGUACCACGGGAUAUCCCUUCGAAGCAGUGUGGCACCGCGCGCCUGGUGUCCGAGCGGGCACCACGCAGGGCAGCUGGCGCGACGCAACCGAUGCUGAGAUUGACAAGUUCGUCAAGAAAAGAAUCAGAAGCACACUUCAUGCGACAUCGACGUGCCGAAUGGCCAAGGAGGAGGAAGGUGGUGUCGUUGGACAGGACCUCAAGGUGCACGGUUUCCGAAAUCUGCGCGUCGCCGAUGCAAGCGUCUUCCCAAGGCUGCCGAGUGCGCACACCGUAGCCGCUACGUACAUGGUUGCUGAGAGGUGUGCUGACUUUGUUAAGACCGAGCGGUCCUAG